CCACAACUUCGUGCACCUUCAACGAUCAACAUCAUUACUCACCAACAAAAAUCCCAAUUUUAAUGAAGACGACGCCCCUUGUCAAAGAUCCAUCAAAAAAAUUAGCGAAGGAGGAAAACAAAGAGAUAGAGAGGAAGGAGAAGGCAAAACAGGCGGCAGCGAGGUAUCGAGUACGAAAUGACCAUCGUGUGCGAGAACGAGCGCAAGAACGAAUGCAACGGUAUGGCUUUCGAUGCGAUACUUUCCAUCAUCACCCAAAUUGCAUCGACCAUUCAACCUUUCUCAUAAUUCUCGUGGUCACAUCUUGAUUCUCAAUCUUAUUAGAAAGAGGGCGUCCAUGUCUGAAGAGCAGAAAUUUGAGGAGAAAAGACGACAAAAGGAGGCGAACCAGAAGUAUUACUUGAAAAACCGGGAACGACUUCUGGGUGAUGCUCGCACUAAACGUUCAAGCACUUUUAUAUCGAAAUACGGCGAGACCGCCUACUGGAACAACUACGAAGUUCGUCUGUGGCCUUACAAAAUUGGCUUACUUGGUAAAAAAGAGAAGAGGGAUCCAAUGGAUGGAGUUGUCGAGUAUCUACCCUGAAAAGAACACGAAGUAUUGAUUUCUUGAGAUACGGUACGGACUUUACAACACACAGCACAGAUCACAAAACCUACAGCAGUG